CUCUUGUCAAAGCCCCGCGUUGCAUGCCUCGUCAACAAGUGCUGCAACGACGCCAGCGUUCCUCCAUCGCCAAAUUCCACUUGAGUUCCAUCCUCAAGCUUCUGGCCUACGAAUCCAACGAGCUCUUCCCUCAUCCCGAGCGCGACACCCAGAACGUCUUCGACUAUUACCUGAUGGAUGCCGCGUCCGUUCUUGUCACCGAGGCUCUGGAUCUCGAGAUGGGCGACAAAGUCUUGGAUUUGUGUGCUGCUCCCGGAGGGAAAACUCUGGGAAUUUUACAGCAGCUGGAUCUCCUCCAAGCCUCGCUGGUAGCAAACGAGCCAUCGCCAACAAGGAGCAAGCGGCUGUCGAAGGUUAUCUCCGAGUACGUGCCAGAAAAUCUAAGGACUUCCAUUCGAGUCACCCGUCGCAAUGGCAUUAAGUGGACCGAGUAUGAUCUCUAUGACAAGGUGUUGGUGGACUCGCCUUGUUCCUCUGAGCGACACUUGCUACACGAUCCAAAGGAGCUCGGGACAUGGACACCCCGACGCACGGAGAAUUGUGCAAAGAGGCAGCUCGCACUCUUGUUUGCCGCUCUACGAGCAGCCAAGCUCUAUGGUAGGAUUGUCUACUCGACGUGUUCACUCAGUCAGCUAGAGAAUGACAGUGUGAUUUCAAAUGUGGGAGCACUGAGGCCAUUGUUUAUACUUUAUUUUUUUCUUCCUCUUUCUUGCGGUUCCAGCUUUAACCUUUGGAGUGACAGGCAAUAGAGAAAGGUAAGCUUGAUUUCGAGGUGAUCCACAGGCAGUGGCCGGUGGGCGAGAAGACGGAGCACGGCAGGAUUGUCCUCCCUGACGUUUCUCAAGGAUGGGGUCCAAUCUACAUUGCGGUGCUCAAAAAGCUUAGCCAUAGCUUCAAAACACGAACAUGAACACGAACAUGGCAUUCAAUUUUUUGAACACGAACACGGAACACAGAAAUGAACACGGAUAAACACGGGUGAAAACACAAAUAUUUUCUAGAAUAUUCUACUUAUCACUCCAUCUCAUCUAGAAGCUCCUCAUUAGCAAGAUCAUCAUCUUCGUCUUCGUCCUCUUCUUCCAUACCUUCAAUAUCAGCAUCAAU